GAGUAAUGGCAUUGGGUAUGAACAAUGGUUGGAAGGGUCCUGUCGUCGAUCACUUUUUGCGUUCAUUCUCGUCAGACACUUGUAUCACCUGACGUUUCCACUUGGAUCUCAUCGCCCCAAGUCGAUUCCAGCAAAUGCGUGACGAAACGCUGAUAUAUAAGAACCCCCUCCUCUCCUCCUUCAUCUGCUGCUCCUCUCUGCACUUCACCUUUCAUCAUCAACAACAACAAAACAACAAGAACAAUUAACAAAACCAACGGCGAUAAUACCCACUCAUCGCAACUCAUCAAGUUCCUUUUUUAAGAUACCAAAAAUAUACACGACCAUAAACACCAUCCAACAUGUCUAACAUGAUUCACAAGAUCAAGGACGCCAUGACGUCCGACAAGAGCUCCGAAUCCGACCCUGCUGGUUCCCACGGCCACCAUGAGACCCGCACCGCCAAUGUGGCUGACCCUCGCAUCGACUCUGACCGUGAUCACCGUUCUGCCCCGGGCUCCAACUUGGGCGCCGGCUCCACCCAAGGCACCGGUUCCACCACCGAUAACUACGGCAACGCUGGCGUUGGCGUCACUGGCGCGCCUGGCGGCUCUGGCACCACCGGCACCACCGGAACCACUUCCACUGGCGCAUACGGCAGCUCCAACACUCGGGAUGGCCCCCACCAGAGCGGCAUGGCCAACAAGGUUGACCCCCGCGUCGACUCGGACCGUGACCACCGCGGCGCUCCCGGCAGCACCACCGGCACUUCCGGUCUAGGCAGCUCUACUCGCGGCGAGAACACCUUCGGCUCCAGCACUACUGGCACCACUGGCACCACUGGCACCUCCGGCGGCUACGGUACCUCCGGCACCACCCGCGGCGAGAACACCUUCGGCUCCGGCACUACUGGCACCUCCGGCACCACCCGCGGCGAGAACACCUUCGGCUCCGGCAACACCGGUAACACUGGCGGCUACGGCAUCUCCGGCAACACCGGUACCUCCGGUGGUUACGGCAGCUCCGGCAACACCGGUACCUCCGGCGGUUACGGCAGCUCCGGCACCACCGGUACCUCCGGCGGCUACGGCAGCUCCAACACUCGGGCUGGCCCCCACCAGAGCGGCAUGGCCAACAAGGCCGACCCCCGCGUCGACUCGGACCGUGACAACCGCGCUGCCCCCGGCGCCUCUAUGGGCGGCAAUCAGUUCAACAGCGGCGCGACGGCAGGCGGCCUCGGCUCUGCUGGACACACCAGAUCCACCAACCCGGGUCCCGCCCCGAACACGGCCGGUCCUCACAAGCAGGAUAUGCUGAACAAGAUGGACCCUCGCGUCGACUCCGACCUCGACAACUCGAAGACCAUGGGACAGGACCAGACAUUCUCUCGCCCGUAAGCCACACACCAAAAUACACACACACACACACACAGCAUCCCGAGGCGGCGGCGUGACCCUACACUUUUUUCUUUUUUUUUUCCUUUUUCCCAUGGGCACCCAAUCAUCAAAAACUUGGUGCCUCGGUGUCGCUGCUCUUUUGCGUCUUGUCUAGUCGCCUGCCGUUUCUUUUCUGCAUGCACUUUGUCUUUUAGCGAACGAAAAGAAAAAAAAGGACCCGAGCUCGUCGACUGACAUGGAUUUUUCUUCUCCUUCGCAAAGGGCUGCCACGUCGCAACGGGAUCCCAUGGACGCUGCUCAAGUGCCGCCUUCCGUGAUGGCCGAACAUCGCGGCGAGCCAGCCAUUCGGCAUGGAGACCCUGGGCAUAAUCGCGCCCGGAGGAAUAGCAGCACCACCCAUCAGGAGAUGUAUCGGGGGAUAUAAUGCGGGUUGGGCUACUAUGUCUGCGUCCUUU